CCAUGAAGUCGAUUUGGCCUGAAAGCUUAAAAUGAAAUAUCAUCCCAGGUGAGUCAGCCGAGAAUGAAGGUCAGCGCCCAGUGAACGAAUGAGAUUUACCCAUUUUCACGGAUGGCUUCAAAAGAACAAACUUAACAGUUCGACGCUUCGACUCAAAGUGUGCUCCAACUGAAUUACAAUAAAUGCGAAUAUAGAAAUACUUUUGCCAAGGCAGUGAAAAGUGAGCGUUGGUUUAUACGCACGUCAUAGUUCUAUGCCUAUUUGGUACCGAAUAGGCCAGCAGUUUGUGAGUUAUCGUAUCGCCAGGAAUUCGAAAAGAAUGAUGAGUCUUGGUUAACAACGCUUUCGCGAUUGGGAAAUUGGAGAGAAAGAAUUCUUAGCUGUGUUGAACAACUUGAACAUGAAGAUGCCAGAUGCCAGAUGCCAGAUGCCAGAUGCAUACAACCCGAUUGGCCAUGUCGAUCGAAGUAGAAAAAUGGACAAAUAUGAAAGACUUGGGAAAAUUGGGGAGGGGUCAUAUGGGGUUGUGUUCAAAUGUCGGAACAAGGAUACAGGACAAUUAGUGGCCAUAAAGAGAUUCGUGGAAUCUGAGGAGGACCCUCUUAUCAAGAAAAUCGCCAUGAGGGAAAUUAGAAUGUUAAAGCAAUUGAAGCAUCCAAAUUUAGUAAAUCUUAUAGAAGUGUUCAGACGGAAGAAACGACUAAAUCUUGUAUUUGAAUAUGUAGAUCAUACGGUGCUAAACGAAUUAGACAGAUAUACAAGAGGGGUUCCUGAACUAUUGACAAAAAGAAUCAUAUGGCAAACAAUACAGGCUGUGAAAUUCUGCCACAUGCACAAUUGUAUACACAGAGACGUAAAGCCAGAAAAUAUUUUAAUAACAAAAGCAGGAGUAGUAAAAUUAUGUGAUUUUGGGUUUGCCCGACUUUUAACUGGUCCCGGGGAUGAGUACACAGACUAUGUGGCAACACGGUGGUACCGGGCGCCUGAGUUGCUUGUCGGAGACACGCAAUACGGACCGCCAGUUGACAUUUGGGCAAUAGGUUGUGUGUUGGCCGAGUUAUUCACAGGACAGGCGCUGUGGCCGGGAAGAUCUGAUGUGGACCAACUCUACCUCAUUAAGAAGACGUUAGGUGAUCUGCUUCCUCGGCAUAAGGAUGUAUUUACACAGAAUUCAUUUUUUCAAGGAUUAGUCGUUCCAGAAACUGGAAUUUUGGAACCGUUAGAAGAGAAGUUCCCAAAUAGCUGUUCACAAGCCUUGAGUUUGUUGCAGGGCUGCUUUGCGAUGGAUCCAGCGCAGCGGUUGACCUGUGAUGACCUUCUUGCCCAUCCCUACUUCGAUCAGGUAUCUUGUGAUACUUUUGACAAAGGAGAAGAACAGAAAGUCAGACGAAGCAGAGAGCCGGCCACGAAGAAACGUGACCAGAAUUCCAGAGUAGGAAAUAACAGUUUACCAACGCUGACGGGUAACCAUCCAGCGUCGAUGAAUAACCAUGUGACUUCUACCUCGCCCCCGCCCUGCACCACCAAGUAUCAGCCGCAAAGCAAACCUAAACCAGCCCAGCAUACUCACCUGCCCAACAUAUGACUUUUCGGCCAAGGGGUUUUGCGUCAUGAAGGAAGUUUCCUCGACUCAAAGUGACCAGGAUCCUGGUGGCCGCACAGAAAUCAUUUUCAGGGAGCAAUAGAAUUGUGUGAAACUAUUUUUGCUUUGAUUUUUAACACAAAACUUUUAUAACUUUGGUCCAUUUCUCUAGGAAAUUUGCUGCAAUCUGUUUCUACUUUUUACAUGCUUUGCCAAUUUCAGAUAUGUUAAAGUCUAACAGAAGUUUAUGGAAAUCGAUGUACUAUUAUUUACACUGUAUAAGAUGAAAUGUACAGCAUAUUGCAGCAAAUUUGUCUUGAAAUGGAUUGCUAAGCUGUGUGAUAAUAAUAAACUGGCAACUCUGCCACUUGUCUCUACAUAAUCAGUGUUCAGCUGUUGCAGCCAGAAGCAGGCAGCCCAACCACAGAUUGUUUGCAAGCUUUUUCACGCCAUGCAUCACACACAGAUAGACUCCUGCAAACGCACCCUAACAACUAGUCUUCUCAUUGCUGGGAAACAAACCAACUUAGAUCAGCUAGGACUUGGCAGUUGGUGCCUUGAGUUCAAGUCACCGGGGUAUCGAUGACUUCUUUCAGAGGAGGAUCUGCACUGCCUUGGGAGAAGUUCGAAUUACCAGCAAUGAAAGGGCGAAGUUCUUUCUGCUUUAUGUUAGAUCAGAGCUUGUCAUUACUGUAAAGUUGUGAUGGAAGAGACUACAGACACUGUCAGAUAAGCUGGUUUUGUUCAUCCAACCAGCAAAUUUACCAUGAGAGGUUCGAUCGACGAUGAUGGACACAAAAAGGCGCUCAGAUAUCAAAACUCAAAUAGCAAUUUGACUAUUUUAUCCUCUGCUUUAAAUGGAGAAGAAAGUGAUGAUGGUGAUGAUGAUGAUGAUGAUGAAGAAACCUCAGGGUAACUUUUGGAUGGAUGACAGAUAGAGAUCAGUCUCAACUCAAGUGUGCAGUUUCCACUCAGUAGGAAGCUGUAGGUCAUUUUCACCAGGGGAUCUUUGUAAAGUUUUGAUGGUUAUUCACCUCAGCUUGCCAGAAGUAUCUGUUGAUUAUUGUAUUUGAAUGUAUGGUGUAUUCCAGCAAACUUGAGUUGAACUGGUAUGGGAUUGAUGAUCUGGUGAAUGUAGUCAUCUUAAAGCUGAUGCAUUUGUUUAUUUGUUUCUUGUCAGUAGUCAGCGAGUGUGAUUUGAGUGGCAACAUCGAUACACAUAUUUAAUGUAGAUAGAUAUGGGUCAUUUGGUUUUCUCACUGGAUUGAAGACUGAGUCUGGUUGAUUCCAGUUAUUCCCUGCUUGAUGGUAAGUCUGCGUCAGUUUGAAGUAUCCACAGUAAUUAUUGAAGAAAUAAUUCAUUGAGAGCGCUUUUUACCUGAAUUUCCAUUAAUGGAAAGAAAGUGACUUUGCUCCUAGUCAGUUCAGUGAGAAUUACCAAGUGAUGUGUAUAGUUUUUUCCCAGUGUUUUUAAAGAUGUUACAUAUGAUAAUGUUAUUUUCAGGAUUAUAUGAGUAGGUUUUACACACGGAUGGUAACUCCUUGAAGGUCCAUUUGAGUUGUAAUGGACGAAUCUGUUGAAUAUGUUGAAUGUAAUUUAAUUGUUAUGAUAUGAAACAUACUUAAGGGAAGUGUUGUACAGGAUACAGUAAGGCAUAUAACAUAUAACUAGUGUGUGUAAAUAAAGAUUUAGUAUUUAAUUUUUUCAUGUUUGUGAUGAUGAUUACAGUUUGGGAAUCUCUAGGCCUAGACUCAGGCACCAGCUUAACCCUCUCUCCUCCCAUUCGGAGUGCACUCGCUUUGCCGUAUUUUUUAGCUGUGUUUCUAACAAAUUAAUAAAUCUGUUGCCCCAGAAAUGAUUUUUGGCCACGGUCAUGUCACAUGAUGUACGAUCAUUCAGUCGAAGCUUCCAUCUGCAAUUAAUACAAAAAAUGUCACAUUAACAAGACAACAUUUACAUAAAACACAACAUAGUCAACGACGACUCCUUGAUUAUCAUUUUAUUCAUAAAAGAUUAAGAUUUCUGCAUUCAGUGCCUUAGUUCAGGUAUCUGCAAUCAGCAAUGUGUAUUCUGAGUUCUGCAUUGAUGAACCAUGAGUAUUUAUUGUCAUUUUCAUAGCAUCGAUCAUGUACAGGUUAUAAUUUUGACAUGAGGGAGAAAAAUCUGGGAGAAAAAAACGGGAAUCUACCAAUGUACUUGAUCUGUUCGAAUUCAUUAUUGUAAAUAUGUGUUAACUGAUCAUAUUUCAUUGUGCAUUUUGGAUUGAAGUGUCUCCUGUUUUGCCUUCAUGAAGGCAGAUUAUUCACAACUGCAUAGUGUCAGCACGAUAUUAUAACCUACGUUCUGAAAUUUGUCAUUUGCCUCGACACUUUCAUUUAUUGUAUGAAAACGUCCCGGGAAUUUCAGGCAAAUUUAGUAUGGAACGGAAAUAGACCUCCAUUGUUGUAAGUGUUGUUUGAAAUUGAAAUGCUUGGAGCUCGUGGUCUGCAGAGCUUUCGGUCUGAUUUUAAAUGUAUAUUGUGUACUGUCCUCACUGAAUUCUUCAAGAAAAUGGUAAUGAAAUGUUAUUUGGGAGUUUUCAGAUUUUGAUGUUCAAGUUGAAAUUGCACGCAUUAGCAAAAUUUGAAUGAGUCAAUAGAACUUAAAAGUGAUUUCCUUCAAAAAGUCAUGGUAAUUACUUCAAAAAGUCAUGGUAAUUACUUCAAAAAGUAAUGUUAAUUACUUCAAAAAUUCAUGGUAACUACUUCAAAAAGUAAUGGUAAUUACUUCAAAAAGUAUUGGUAAUUACUUCAAAAAGUAAUGGUAAUUACUUCAAAAAGUCAUGGUAAUUACUUCAAAAAGUCAUGGUAAUUACUUCAAAUGUAACACAGAAUGCAACGUUGGAUCAUGUUUGGCUUUCUAAUUUGUUGUUGAUGUGUUGAGUUUUGACCAGGUUCUUCAUCAGGAGAAAGUGGCGAGUUGAAACGUUAUCUAUAUCAGGGAUUUUGCCAAAAUGUGUGUGACCUUGGCCGUUUUGGAUUCUAGCUAUCAAUACUCAAAGUUAAUCCUUAAAAAGCUGACCGUAAUUCUAAACAACACGUCUUAAAACAUUACAAAUUUGAUUCUUCAUUGAAUUUGUUGAACAUUGUCUUGGCAGAAUUACCUUCAGUUUUUCGAGGGUCAAUAACACAAAUUGCAGGGGAUUUUUAAAAUGUUUGUGUAAACAUGAAAGUUUGUGAUUGAGUCUCACAAGUGUAGCUUUCAUUGUCAUCUGAUGUAGGUCUUAGUGACUGGCGUUAAAUUAUAGUUUGGAGAACUUCUAAAAGUUGCUCAGCUCAUGAAGAUGAAGUGACACCAAACUGAAUCAAUGGCAGAAGUCUGUUACUUUUCUGAUUUCGAUUGGCAACCCUCCUAAAUAUGGCUACUCAUUCCAUGGCUGAGGGGCUAAGCUAUAUUAUCAAUUCAUGGGGCAAAGUCGGUUAUAAAUUUGAAUGAAGAGCUAUAAUGCUUCCCCAACCAUAGCCAUCUCUGCAUUGUACCCUGGAUUGAGAAAUGAGAAUAAUAAGUAACUGAGUGUUGGGACUUGCCUUAGAAAUGAGAAUAAGUAACCAACUUUUCUCAUGGUGUCCAGUUUGAAAACAUAUUCUGGCGUUAGAUAAACAAGAUGUGUCAGUUUGCAGAUAUUUUGAUUUGUAUAAACAGGCACCUUCGUCUGCACAGUCAUAUAGGUGUUGUUAGCUGUUACUUGUGUUAAACUAUUCUAGUGUUAUCUGCAGUUCAUGCUACGGUAUUUUUCACCUGACAUUCAGUCGGCGCAAGUGUAUAAUUGUAUCAGCGUUAAUAAAUACGCCCUUGAGGACUUUCAAUCGGCACCGGGGUCAGCAGAAGUUCAAACAAAACCUCCAACCCCAUGCGCGUGAAUAAGUAUCCCUUGGUUACCGGAUUAUCUGGCGAGCGUAAUGUGAAAUGGAUGAGGUGGAGUAUAGUCCAUCUAAUUUAUAGUCUUCAUUCACUGAAAACUUAAUUCCUGUUUUCAAUUAUAGAUUCAAAAGUCAUAGCGUUAAUCGUAUGUAUUUGUGACGGGCAUUGUACUGAAUCGUGAACAAAUGUUAAUUUAAAUGGAUAUUUCCAUCAAUCUAUUCUAAGCUGACUACUGGUUCAUGUAGCUUCAAUGUAUAUUUGAUACUGGUGACUGUAGAUCUGGCCAUUGGACAGUUUCUUGCGCAACAUUGUAAAUAUUUAUCCUGCAUAUUCAAUCAAGUUUAAACUGUCUAAAUAAAUGGUUAACAUUCACAAUAGAUGUUGUCAAUGUUCUAAUUUUCAGAUUAAGUGAUUCUGUAUGAGAUUUUUAAGAUAUUUUUAUGAAACUCACUGAAUUUGCGAGGUUUGUAAACAGCACAUUUUUGGACUUUGAUUCAGAUGUUGAGAUGCUGAUUUGAAAAAAGUUUAAAGAGCUAUUUGUGGAAUUCUAAGGCAAUGUUAUCUUGAUCUUGAGAAGGAAAUUGUUUUCAAGUUUGAAGUGAUCAAAUAUUAACAUUUUGAAGUCGGUUUUGGCAUCUGAGUGGUUCCAUUAUUUGGAUUGGGGGCAUUAACUCAUAGUCUGUCAGGAUGUAAUUUUUAAAGUUAUAAAUCUACUUGUAAAGAUUUCAUGUUUGAUGUGCAUAUUUGAAAUGGUGAUUAUUUGAUAUAAAAUGUUAUGAGUACAGUCUGCAUUGUAUAUUUGACCAGUCACUUGUCAGUCACACCAUUCUUAAAACACAACAUCUUCAAGGUGAAGAGUUUGAAAAUUUGGAUUCGGAAUUUUUUAAUGAAUUUGUGUGUGACAUGAAGUGACAGAUAUGACUGUUUGUAAUUCUGUUCCACCAUAAAUUGACCCAAGAUUUCAGUCUGUUUUUCUGUGGAAAAACGCCAGCUUUCUUUGCUCUAGUUAGGGUGAGUGUUCCAAGUGUAACCUUGAACUUCAUGGCUGUUGUUUUGAGAUUUGGUGCAUAGAUGUUGUAUGCGUCUCUUGGGCUGACUUUGGUGCCCACUCUCAGGAGAAGAUGAUGUUGACUCCUCGUCCAAACUGCAUCUCUAAACUUGAGGUAUUCUAUUGCACAUAAACAAAAACAAUGGCCGACAUCGACCUGCUAUCACAGUUACUUUCGUAAAAAAAGUCUCGUCCAGAAAACUUUGUCAUUGAUUGCAAGUAUUACUUUUCCGUUGUGUGUCUGUGAAAACAUGGUCAUUUUGUUGCGUAGAUGUGAGGUGUCAAGUUGUGGGUGAAAUUUCAAACAUAUGACAUCAGGGUGCGCUUGUUCAAGCAAGUAUACCUCGGAACUGGACAUUAACUUUAACUUAAGUCUAAUGGAGAUAAAGCCAAGUUGAACUCAUGUUUGUCACCAAACGUGUUUUGAUCAACCGCGUCUUGAUUGAUUGGUUAUGAGUUUAAAAAUUUGAAUUCGAUGCACGGAUGUUUCUUGAAUCUCAGGAUGUGUAGUAAACCUCGCUACCUCUCCUGGCCAGAGAUUAAGAAAAAAGCUUUCACAAAAAUAGGAAAUUGUUUCAAUUUAACGUCAGACUACGCAUUAUCGCUACCUCGUUGGAACGUCCAACGUAUUAUUACCAGUCAUUGAGAAUUGACAUCAUGACGUAUUAUGCCCAGAGUGGGAAUAAUAUGUCUUCUGACAUUUAAUCCAUCACAUCCGUCCUUAUUUAUUACAAUUAUUGACGAUAUAAAGUUGGUCAUUCGAAGUUUAAAAUUUGUUUAAGAAUUGUUUUUAGAUUAAAAAAACCCAUCUGUGAUAUGAACAACAGUGCCCUUGCAUAACUGGGAAUCUCUUGUCACAAUAGGCCUCUGUGCAGCCAGGAAAUUGAGGCUCUACUAAAUUUGUUACUUAUUUAUCUGUUAUGUUAAUUGAGUUCAAAUAGGUCAGUCUGUCAUGAUAUUUUAAUGGUAAUAAUGAGGAUUGCCUGCAUAAUUUUGUAUUUUUGAUCUUGUUUACAAUGAUUGAAUGGCUUAGAGCACACAUGACGUACAUCUAAGCUGACUUUAAAUGGUCUUAUGACACAUGGUUUGCUCUAAGCCCUUCAUUAUACUUACCUCCACAUCAUAUCUUUGGCCUUGUUUAAGAUGCCUGUAAGUAGGAACACGUUCAAAAUAUAACCGCCCAUCUGUUUCUAAAUGGUCACCCCCUGAGUUGAAAUAAUCGUCGAUGUGUGGAUUGUGUUUUAUAUCCGUGUGACCCAGUCUGUCUACCAUGACAUUAUAUGUUGACUAUGUGUAUCAUUAAUGUCGCCUCGAGUUUGCAGAAUUCAUAUUUAAUUUUCCUCUAAAACUGUUAGUCAGUCCCUAAGUAAACGUCAUGCCUAUUCUCUUAAAGGGGAUGUAUAGGCAGGAGCCAGGUCAGAUUAAGUUACAUGAAGUUGCCAAUAGGGGUCACUCGGCUGUCAGUACAGCGAAUCUAUUUACGCGUGUACAAGGAUAUGCUGAUUUGUUUCUACCGUACAUGAAACUCUGCUAACUCAGGUGAACUUUAUAAGUGUUGAAGUGACCUUGUGUAUUCUUUAUCCUCGUCUGGACACAAUGCUACAGGACGUCACAGAAGAAAUGCUCGAGUAUGAAUUAUAUCAACAGCGUUUCUUCUGUAACGUCUGUUCUCAACAGCAUGCUAUUGCUAUAUCACUAUUUGUUGGGUCAUUUACGAUUGUAAAAACUUGUAUAUAAACAUUAGUUCACAAUAUAUCCUAAGCUUUAGUUACUUAUUUUGAAUUAUCAUUUGAAUUUGCCAAACAUGAUUUGAAGCAAAGGGGUUGUAUGUGUUGCUACUGUACUGUAAUGUUGUAUAUGAAUCAUUGAAGAACAUUAAAUUCAUGUUAGAAA